UUAUACAUCAUGCAGCACCCCGACACGCCGGUGCCAAGGGACUCUCGCGUGCAGAGAAGCGCUGGCGCAACAAGGUCAACAAGGAGCGCGCCAAGGCGGCAAAGCACCGCCGCGCGGCACCUUGAAAAACCUGCGAUAGCCAGGCAUCAUGCUUCACCUCCAGGAUUCUGCAGAUUCCCCAUACCCAAAAGGACACGGCUGGCCCAGGUGCUUGCAGCCUUCGAAGGAUGUCUUCGUGACCAUGCGGCUUUGCUGGAGAGAAGGCUUUGCGAGAUGUGCGAGUUGCGUGAGGCCGACCCUUGUCUCGGCUUCAAGGAGAUCUCUUCUUGUCCUCAGCUGGUGCUAACAGAUUUGGACUUGGAUGCAGAGGAGUCAGAUUGCAUAAAGGGACGAGGCGGGGCCCCACUUGUGGAAGAGAUCGAAGAUGAUGAACCAUGCUUUGUCAACUAUUGGGAGGACAGUGAAGUGCCAGAGGGCCCAGCGGGCAGGUCUCCCAAGGUUGCCAAGGACAAGCAACCAGCCAAACACUUCAAUCCGCGACGCGCGCCCAAGCGGCCCGCAAGCCAGAUUUCCAAGGAAAGCCCCACAGAACUGAUGUUGCUGACCCUCUUGGAGCAUGGCACUGCCAAGGACAUGUCAGUGAUCAAGGGCCUGAACGGCGAUGAUAUCAAGAAGGCAGUCGAUGGGGCUGUGGUCUGUUCUUGGCUCAAGGUGCCCCCUUUUUUUCCCCUUGGCGCAGUGCUGGAAGCGGCUGGAAGGAUGGGAAUUGACAUCAUUGCCGGUGGCAGACUGAAAAAGAAGCAGAGAGAAGCGAAAACGGAAGAUCCCUAUGUCCAGCUCCUGUGUCGACUCUACAAAUUCUUGGCCCGUCGGUCGGAUUCGAAGUUCAACAAGGUGGUUUGCAAGAGGCUAAACAUGUCCGCUCGCAACCGACCCCCUUUGUCGCUGUCGAAGAUUUCGAAGAACAUGGUCAACAAGGAGGGCAAAAUCGCCGUGGUCGUCGGCAAAGUCACCGAUGACAAGCGGCUUUUGGAAGUUCCUCAGGUGUCUGUGUGCGCUCUGCAGUUCACUGAAACCGCGCGGGCGCGCAUCCUCAAGGCUGGUGGUGAGUGCAUCACCUUUGACCAGCUGGCCUUGCGCUCGCCCCUGGGCAAGGGCACCGUGCUGCUCCGGGGUCCGAAAGCCCGAGAGGCCGAGCGACAUUUCGGGAAAGCUCCUGGAGUGCCCAACAGCACAACUGCACCUUAUGUGCGCUCGAAGGGUCGCAAAUUUGAGAAGGCACGUGGACGAAGAAGAUCGCGUGGAUUCAAGGUGUAA